AUGGGAAACUGUUUAUUCAACAACAAUUGCCAAGUUGAAGAAGAACAAGAAAACCCUAUCAAACUUGAGGAAAGAAUCAAGAUUCAUCAUAACCAUAAUCAUCAAAAGAAUGUGGUUAAGCUAAGUUUUGGUGGUAUUAAUGAUGAUGAUAAUUUAAAGAAGGGAAGCAGUGGUGUUAGGAAUGUGGUGAGAGUCAGAAUUAUAAUGACUCAAGAAGAGUUGAGUCAAAUUUUGAGGUACAACAAUCAAAGAGAUAAUGGUCUUCAUGGGGAUUUAUCCAAGGAGUACACUACUACUGCUAGUCAUUCUAUUGAGCAAUUGUUAAACGUAAUGAAGACCGGGAAAAUUAAAGUCGUUUCUAAAGUAAGAAGGAAAUCAGAGACAACAAAUUGUAACUGGAAGCCUCAUCUUGAAAGCAUUCCAGAGGACCAAUACUAG